GAUGAAACACCCUUGGUUGGAUGGAUGACGUGGCAGGGCGGUUUCAUUGUCAAACGUCCCGUCCGCGUCUCUUUAACUUCUCUAGAAAGCAUAACUCUGGCUUUUCUCAACCGCGGUUCUCCCUGCCACCUCUUUUGGCUUUGGCACCGCAGCCGUUCCCCCCUCCGUUCACAAGGUACCGAGCUAUAACUAUGCCUUUUAACCUAUUGAAGCCCUCUGUCACCGCCUUAGGCCUAUUAGCAGAGAACUGAGUAGAGAAUUGCUUGACAAAAUCCUCAAAACAUUUGAUGGAUCCGCCUAGAAGCCGACUAAACCAGUCCAGCGCGGUUCCUGCUAAAGUCCUGGCGAAAACUUUGCACCUUACGCCGUUCGAAUCACCGCUUAUUAACAUUUGACCCCUAAUGGUUUUCACAUGAACGCCUGGGAACCGUGUAAUGAGCCGGAAUUCGUUCUCCCAUCACAGCCGCGGAAAAAGUCUGAAAAUCCUGGUGGCAGCAACUCCUCUCUAUUGAGAUUCCUUUUCAAUGCUUGUUAAAAUGGACAUGUCAAAUCCUGCAGCCUUUGUCAGUGCAGAAAUACUGCACUUUUAUGUUGGAAGGAGAGUAAGGGCCCUGAUGCAGGUUGUGCGAUCUGAUGGUGGAGUUGUCAUUGGGAAAUCAACAGAUGAGAAACAGCUAAUAGUAAAAGGAUUUCCCCCUGCUCCUCUUACAACUUUUGUAGAAGUUUUUGGUAUUGUUAACAGUGAUAAGUCAAUUGCUGCUGAGAUAUGGAUCAAUUUUGGUGAUUCCAUCGAUAUGUUCAACUACAACAAGCUCUGUCAGCUUGCAAAUGGAGAACUUAAAUACCUGUUCCUUGAUAGCAUUUUACAUCGGAUUCUGUGCACUGAAGAUUGUGAAACUUAUCAGACUGCAUUGUCCGCUAUGCCUUUGCCAGAUGUUAAGACACUGUCCAAGGACUAAACCUAGUUGGAAGAUUGAUGAAUUGAGAAAGAUAAACUGUUAGGAAGUUUCAAAAAGUAAUAUCCCUCUACUGUGAACAAGUUCACCAGUAACAAAAAACAAACUAGAAAAUAAGAGUCAAGUAUGGUCACAACAAAUUUUUGUUAAACUUCAUUUUUAAUCUCA